AUAUGGAAAGGUUUAGCAUAAAACCUGUUUAUUUCUUUUCAUUUAAUUUUUAAAUUAAACCAGCAGUUUGUUGUUUAAUAGUCGCUUAAUUGUUCCAUAAGAUGGACGAGUUUUUUAGAGGAAAAAGAGUUUUGGUAACUGGUGCGGCCAGUGGAAUUGGUCGUGGUAUUACCGAACGACUAUUUCAUUUAGGAUGUACCGUUUUAGCACUGGACAUUUCCACUGAACAAUUGAAAAAACUAAAACAAGACUUCCAUACCAUUGAAAUAGUUUCCGUCAAUUUGUGCGACUGGAAUGCUACUAAAGAGGCUGUAAAAUCUGUGUUUCCCGUAGAUCUUCUAGUUAAUAAUGCAGGCGUGGCGUUUAUAGAACCUCUAUUCGAAGUUUCGGAGAAAACUUUUGAUUUAUCUUUCGAUGUAAACAUAAAGGCAGUUUUUAACGUUUCUCAAACAGUUAUUGAAGGCCUCGUAAAUAGAAAUUCUCCAGGUUCGAUUGUGAAUAUUUCCUCGCAAGCUUCCACGGCUGCUUUACUCCAUCACACCGUCUAUUGCGCUACUAAAGGAGCAAUUGACGGUUUAACAAGAGCGCUUGCAUUGGAAUUUGGACCUAAGAAAAUCAGAAUUAACUGUGUCAAUCCCACUGUUGUUAUGACCGAUUUGGGGAGACGUGUGUGGGGCGAUCCCCAAAAAAGCGGUCCAAUGUUGGCAAAAAUUCCAUUAGAAAGGUUUGCGGAAAUCGAGGAUGUUGUAAAUGCUGUCGUGUUUUUGCUGAGCGAUAAAUCUUCAAUGAUAACUGGAACAUGUUUGCCCGUUGAUGGAGGCUUUUUAGCAUGUUAAAAUAGUUUUAUUGUACUGCCUUUUUACUAUAAUUAUAAUUCAGUUUAACAAAUACUUCUUAAACUCCAGAAAAAUAACAUAAACAAAAUUUGUAUAUGCAUCAAAGAUUUGAUAAAGCAAAUUAAUGUGGUAAUCUUAUUAAUGUCCUUCAAUUAUUAAUGAUAAUUUUAAAAUAUAUAAUUUUUAAUAUGUCAAA